CUCCUCCAUCUCAUCCACUCAGACUGCGAGCAGCGCCAUGCAGCCAGCUUCAGCUCCUGCUCCAUCUCCCGGGCUGUGACCGGCACAGGGCGAGAGAAAAAAGAUUUAAAUUAUUCAAUCUGGUACUAAUAAAAUAAAGACGAUGUCCACCAUGGAGGCUGUUAAGUCGUUUAACGGCGAGCUGUAUUCCCUGAACGAAUACAAGCCUCCGAUCUCCAAAGCCAAGAUGACCCAGAUCACCAAGUCGGCCAUUAAAGCGAUAAAGUUCUACAAACAUGUGGUCCAAAGUGUGGAGAAGUUCAUUCAGAAGUGCAAGCCCGAGUACAAGGUCCCCGGUCUGUAUGUCAUCGACUCAAUCGUGCGUCAGUCGCGACACCAGUUCGGUCAGGAGAAGGAUGUGUUCGCGCCACGCUUCAGCAAGAACAUCAUCACCACCUUCCAGAAUCUCUACAGAUGCCCGUCUGAUGAUAAGAGCAAAAUCGUCCGAGUCCUUAACCUGUGGCAGAAGAACAGCGUGUUCAAAAGUGACAUCAUUCAGCCAUUACUGGACAUGGCAGCGGGAAUCCCACCCCCGAGCGUCACGCCCGUUUCUGCCAGCACCGUCGUUCCUGUUAACAACGCCACUCCUGGCACUCCUGCUACUCCAGCUACUCCAGCUAACAUCAUGCCCAGUUUACCAGACUGGGCCUCUCAGAUCUCCAACUCGGACACUGUGGCAGCUGUAGCGCAGAUCCUACAGAGCCCUCAAGGGCAGCAGUUGCAGCAGUUGGUGCAGAGUUUGCAGUUGCAGCAGCAGAAGCCUCAGCCGUCUCUCCUGCAGGCCCUGGAUGCUGGUCUGGUGGUCCAGCUGCAGGCUUUGACCGCUCAGCUCACAGCAGCUGCAGCAGCAAACACACUCAACCCUCUCGAGCAAAGAGUUUCCUCCUUCAACAAGAAACUCUUGGGACAGUUUGAUUUCGGCGGUGAAUCCGAACCCAGCGAUGACUCGAAAAUGGACUCUGCAGGAUCUCAGUUGCCCCUGGUUUCAGAGUCCAUAAACAACUCCCUCUUUCACCAGCUGGCUGAGCAGCUCCAGCAGCAGAACCUUGAACAGUUUCAGAAACAAAUUCUUGAGCACCAACAGCAUCAGCAGAAGUCGAAGGCCAUGGAGAGUCAGGAGUGCAUUUUCGUCCCUGAGAACUCUGCUUCUUCAGCACAAAGCAACAUCCAACCACAGCUCCAAGAACAGGAACCUAAACUGGAUGAUUCUUUUGACAACCAACAACAGGACAUGGAUCUGGACGAGGGACAGGACACUGUAGAUGAGGAUAUGUUCGAGUCGGAGGAAAAGAAAACCAGCGGUACUCGUUCCAGAACACGUUCUCGCUCUCGUUCCAGAUCUCCGAAGAGGAGGAGGUCGAGGUCACGCUCUGGGUCACGGAAGCGCAAACACCGGAAACGUUCACGCUCGCGGUCCAGAGACCGAAAGAGGAAAUCCUCUCGUUCUUACUCUAGUGAGCGUCGAGCACGGGAGAGAGAGAAGGAACGGCAAAAGAAAGGGCUUCCUCCCAUCCGCUCCAGAUUUCUAAGCGUGUGUAGUACCACGUUGUGGGUGGGCCAAGUGGACAAGAAGGCCACGCAACAAGACCUCACCAACCUUUUUGAAGAGUUUGGCCAGAUAGAAUCCAUCAAUAUGAUUCCACCAAGAGGAUGUGCUUACAUCUGCAUGGUGCAUCGACAAGAUGCUUAUCGCGCACGGCAGAAAUUGAGCACCGGCUCGUAUAAAAUCGGAUCCAAAGUUAUCAAGAUUGCCUGGGCCCUUAAUAAAGGUGUGAAACAGGAGUACAAACAGUUUUGGGAUGUAGAUCUGGGGGUGACCUACAUCCCCUGGGAGAAGGUCAAACUAGACGACCUAGACGGCUUUGCAGAAGGAGGCAUGAUCGACCAGGAAACGGUCAACAGUGAAUGGGAAGCUCAGAAGAACACAGAAGCACCUAAGGAACCCCAGGUUCAGCCGGUGACUCCUGAGAGUAAUGCAGUGAGCGCCCCACAAAACGAAACCUUCACACAGCCGGUCACCAUGAUGCCCGUGCAGAUUCCAGUGGCACAGACGGUCCCCACUGUCAGCUUGGUCCCACCCGCUUUUCCAGUCAGCAUGACUAUGCCUCCACCAGGCUUUGGUCCUCCUCCCUCUUUUCUUAGAGCUGGAUUCAAUGCUUCACAGCCUCCUCCAGGUUACAUGGCCGCUUCUGGUGUUGCUCCAUCUGCUGUAAGCGCUGGUCUCGCCUCAGCCCAGACACCUCUGGUACAACCUACUCAAGACGGCAACAAGGACUCAACAUUCGGAGCGAUGCUGCCUCUGACGAGCACUAUUCCAGCCAGCUUCAUGCCCUCGGGAAUGCCUGGAGCGGUGUUCAACGCGGUGGGAGCGCAAGCUCAGCAGGCCGGCAAUGACAAGACGACUGCAUCUGCAGAGAGCGUAGAUACACCUAAUGAAUUAACACUACAUGGAAUGCAGAACGCAGUGCGCAGCGGUAUGGGUUUACUGGGAAUGCACCCAUCUGCAUCUCUCUCUCACCCUCUCACUGGCCAACGCAUGCCUGGGCUGCUGCCUCUCGACUUGCGACCGAACCUCCUUCAAGGAGCCGGGGCUCGUUUCCCCAUGCUCAUGCAGCAAGGCCUGGCUCAGCAAGCUACCAGCCUCCUGGAUGCUUCUCUUCAAGCCCGCUCCCGAACCCCUUUUCCUCAGAUGGAGCACUUUAAUCGUGCAGAAGGUCCCUUUGUGAGGCCCUCAAAUCCCACAGCUCCUGCACCAGACAACAUGGACAAACCUAAUAAUAAUAAUAAUCCACCGCCUACUUCAGACAGCGGAGGCCAACAAGAGGGCGAUCAGGAUUAUCGCUUCCCACCUCCAGAGAAACCGAGCACUGGCCUGCUGAGAACCCCCCCUCCCGAAAUGAGGACUGAACCCACGCCUGUGAGAGCACCGCUGCUGGAGAGACCGCUAAGAGCAGGCAUGCACAUGGAGGGUCGGGAGGGUCCCGGGAGACGGGAGUCCAUGCCAGGAGCUUUCAGAGGCGAAACGCGUUGGGGCGCACCACGUGGGGACUUGGAUGAGCGAGAAAUGAGAGGAAUGGCAACAGGACCACCGAAGACCUUUCAGGAGGAUCGGGGGAAUUUCCAGAACCGUUUCGAGAUACGAGGCGGAGGAGCCAUAGGUGGAGUAGCGCCAGUCUGGAAUCGUGGGGGUGGAGGAGGUAGUGGCAGCAGCAGCAGCAGCAGCGGAGGAGGAGGAGGUGGCGGUGGCCCCUUCAGUGCAAACAUGCACCAGGACUUUGAUGAUCGGCGUCGGCCCUGGGAAAGGCAGAAGGAUCGCGACGACAGGGAUUUCCGCAGGGAGGUGAACGAUAACCGGCACAGGGAGCGAGAGAGAGAUCGAGGCCGAGAACGGAAUCGGGAGCGAGAUAGAGACAGAGAACGUGAUAACGAUAAGGAAAGAGAAAGAGAGCGUGGUGGCUGGGCGCCUCUCAAUCCUCAACCACUCCUCCCUCUACCCAGACCAUCCCAACCACUGCUCCCACUCCCAACACCUCUAAUAAACCUGCCUCCAUCUCAACCCGAGUCACAUCCCAAAGCCCUUCUCCAGCAUGAACCACAAUCCGCCGGGAGACAAACUGAACCACAGACGGACGUAAACUCGCCCCUGCAGCCGGAGCCUGAUAAAGAGAGCUCAGGGGGCCAAGAGACGAAGGAAUCCUUUAGUGACCGUGUUCACGACCUGGACUCUAAACCCGAAACUGACCCAGAAUCCACGGGCGAGCCCCCGAACGAAACGCAAGUCACGGAAGAGUCCGCUUCGCCGCUCGUGGCUGCAGGCGGCGGACAGACCGCGCCCAAGGGAGAAGCCGAGACUGGGACUGAGCCUGAACUAGUGAAAACGGACACUGAGGAAACAUAAUCGUCACUCAGUAGGUAAAAAGAUUUUGUAUAGUUGUCAUCUCUGUACUUAUUUCAAACGGCUUCCACAGGACCUGCUCAGUUCUGUUGCCCUCCCAAAAAAAAAAGAAAAAAAAUGACCUUUUAUUGCCAGUUAUGAACAUCAUAGAUGGCUCACAAUAGAGGACUUCACUGGUAGGUGAUUAUUUUAAUGUUUUGUUUUUAAUUGCGUUGUUUUUUAGUUUCUUUCUUUCUUUUUUUUAAUGCAAUCCCACUGUUUUAAAGCUAGGUUUUAAAAUCCUUGGAAUUUGCUUGCCAUAAUGCCAAAAUGUUGUGUAGCUUAAAUGUAAUUUGGGAUGGGUUUGGGGAGCUGCGACCUUCCUAUGGAAGAGUUUAAAGGACGGCGGCUUUUUUUCCCCCCUCCCCAUUAAAGGAUCGAAUACAGAACGCAUGAGUCGGGGGAGGGGGAGGGGAAGAUAAAAAAGGAGGAAAAAAAAAAAAUCAGUCAAGGCCUGUUCUUGUGUUUUGUUUUCAAACUAGUGGCUGCGGAGUUUAAAAAGUUAAAAUGAAUGAAUUACUGAAUGCCUUCAUGGUGUCCUAAUGCUUGUUAAACAAAAUAUUGCGUACAACCAAUACAGUGAGAACAGUAAUGCCGUUUUAGUUGCUUUGAAAAAGAAUACAAAAGAUUAAAAGUAUGAUGUACCUCUG